CCAUAAGCAGCAAACUAGAAUUUGUGAUCCCAGCCCAAGUUGCGCCCCCCCCCCCCCCCCGCACAUUUGUAAAAAUGCUGGGAGAUAUUUUAUGGGUUCCAGCAGUGCCUCCACCCCCCCUCCCGCCCCUCUAGUAUUUUGCCUUCUCUUGGAGGGAAAGAGAAAACUUAAUGCUUUCUGAAGAUACAGGAUGUCAUUGAGGGAGUGCGACGACGAUCGGGGGGGGGGGGGAUUAAGCCGACCCCUCAUACCCCCCACUUCCUUCCAGGAACAAAGCAAAUCCAUGAUUCAUCUCCGAGCAGCCUCGGCGGGUCAAGAAAGUGGCCUGCCCAAUGCGCUCCGAUCGUCCCCAUUUAAUUAAGGUAAUGGGAAGAGCGCGGCGGGCACCCAACCCCCCCUCUGCGUCAGCAGGCAGAGCUGGGGGAUCUUGGAGGCAGCAGGUCUCCCAGCCUGCAGAGGCAUCUCCCCGCGGAUCCCAUCGCGCCCCCCCGCCCGCCCACCCCUAUUGAUCGAUCCGUCCCCGUCCAGUCCUCCUGCCGGACGCCUCUGCCAUUCGCGCGCUGCUGCUGCCGCUGCUGGGAGCGCUCCGGGCCGCCCGCAAAGUUGCUGUUGCCGCCGCCGCCGCCGAGGCACGGAGCCCUCCUGCCCGCCGGCGCCCAGCCAGCCACCCAGGCAGCCCAGCCCGGGGGGGAUCGCCGCGGGAAGAGGAGCCGCCGCAGCCGCUGCCGCCCCAGGAGGAGCUGAGCCGGGGGGAGCAGCAGCAUGCAGCUGUGCCGGGGCCGGGUGCUGGGCAUCUCGGUGGCGGUGGCGCACGGAGUCUUCUCGGGCUCGCUGAACAUCCUGCUGAAGUUUCUGCUCAGCCGCUACCACUUCGUCUUCCUGACGCUGCUGCAGUGCCUGACCAGCUCCACGGCGGCGCUCAGCCUGGAGGUGCUGCGGCGGCGGGGCGCCCUCGACCUGCCGCCCUUCGGCUUCAGCCUGGCGCGCCUCUUCGCCGGGGUCACAGUGCUCGCCACGCUGCAGUCGAGCCUCACUCUGUGGUCCCUGCGCGGCCUCAGCCUGCCCAUGUACGUGGUCUUCAAGCGCUGCCUGCCCCUGGUCACGCUGAUCAUCGGCGUCCUGGUGCUCAAGAACGGCGUCCCCUCCGUCGGGGUGCUGCUGGCCGUCCUCAUCACCACCGUCGGGGCGGCGCUGGCAGGUGCAGGUGACCUGACUGGAGAUCCCAUUGGGUAUGUGACUGGAGUGCUGGCUGUGUUGGUGCAUGCAGCAUAUUUGGUACUUAUUCAAAAGACAAGUGCCGAUAGUGACUACGGGCCUCUCACAGCCCAGUAUGCCAUUGCUGUGUCAGCCACACCUUUUCUUAUCAUCUUCUCCUUUGCCAGUCUGGAUGCUAUCAAUGUCUGGUCCUUCCCAGGAUGGAAAGAUCCUACAAUGGCAUGUACCUUUAUAGCAUGUGUCUUUAUUGGCUGUGCCAUGAAUUUCACCACCCUUCAUUGCACCUACAUCAACUCAGCUGUGACCACCAGUUUUGUUGGAGUGUUGAAGAGCAUCGCAACCAUCACAGUUGGUAUGGUGGCAUUCAAUGAUGUACAGCCCACAAAACUGUUUAUAGCAGGUGUAGUGGUAAAUACUAUGGGCUCCAUCAUUUAUUGUGUGGCUAAAUAUAUUGAAACCAGAAAACAGAGCAAUUAUGAAGACCUAGAGAAGGAGGCUAGGGAGCAGGAGAAGAAAGAAUGUGAUGGAUCUGAGCCACCAUUUGUAAUGGAGGAGAUACCCAAGGAGACAGAGCCUGGAGAUAUGACUGGAGAGGAGUCAGCAAAUGAAAGCAGUCAGCCAAGCAUAGAAGAGAAGAAUGGCAUUAUGGGAAUGACAAAUAUACCCACUAUCCCAGAAGGCACCAGUUCUGAAGGACUGGCCAAAAGCUCAUUAAAGGAUGCCUAUCUUGGAGUAUGGAGAUUAGUUAGAGGGGCUAAUUAUAUGAAGAAAGAUUACCUAAUAGAGAAUGAAGAAUUAGCAAGCCCCUGAAGAAUAGUUUCUUAGCAAAUAGCGAUCAAGUUUACAUGUAUUUUAAAACUUGUUGCAGGGCGGGGUUGGGGGGUGGUGGGAGUACAGAUGUAUGUAUGUUUUGUAUCUUCACAGACAAAUCUUCAUUAUAUAUUAGGAGGAUUUUAUCUCAUUCUGAAGGAACAACAGCAGCGUGUUCAUGCUUA